AUGACCAAAGCUGGAAGAAUUUGCGAGGACUAUUCCGACUAUUCCCCCGAAUGGAUCAGAAAAUCUGUGGCGCGGUCGCUCAAACGGUUCGCCACAAGUUACCUCGAUGUGGUAUCCUGCCAAGAUGUUGAGUUUGUCAACUUCGAAGAGACUCUUCAAGUUGUGGAAACGCUUUAUGAACUGUCCCAUUCGGGCGUCAUCCGUUGCGUGGAAAUUUCAGGUGCUGAUAUUGACAUUCUCGAAGCAGGCCAGCUUACACUGCAGAACACUUGGCUUGAGAAAGGAGGUCUAAACGCGUUUGGAUUAGCAGGAGUCAAAGCUGUCUGCAAUUCUAGUCCACUCGCGAUCAGACUGCUCAGGAAUGUCAGAGUCCCCGUUGGCGCGCUGGUAAAAUGGCACCCUGCGCCGCCAGAGCUGCGAGCUGUGUGUCAGGAAGCCGCAGAGUCAGUUCAGGACCAAGGCGAUAGUCUGGUAUCGGUUGCCUUGCGCUUUUCAAUAUCCAGAGCUCAAAAGGCGAGUCAGAAUGGCCUCAAUGACACUACCAUCACCGGAAUCAUCUCGGAAUCAGACCUGGAAGAGAAUGUGCAGACAGCGAAACAAAUCCUGCAGAAGUCUACGAUCCUGGCCCCCAAUGCCGGAAUAAAUUCCCCCGAUGAUCUGCUCUUUGAGUAUGGUGAUCUUGAUGAGGAAGCGGUCAGUCGAGAUAGCCCUCUUUACGAGGGAGCCAGGACCAUCCGCGGGCGCUGGCUUGAUUACGAUUUCUUUUGGCCUCAAAGGCCCAAAGCACAAGUCCAGGCGCAGAGAGAAGACUAG